UUAUAACUAAUCAAAAACUAUGGAUGAUGCUACAGAGUACCAGAAACUCCGAAGAAACAUGGAGCAAGCCCAGGGAACUAGGACAGGAAAUCAGGAUGGCAUCAGUACUGUUGUCUACAGCGUGGAAGGAGAAGAACUCGCUAUUAACUGUGAGGUGGCAUCGGAAUCUUCGGGUCAACGAGAUCAGUGGAGCAAAGGAGUAGAGUUCCUCUUCUCCUGCAUUGCUUUAUCCGUUGGUCUGGGAAAUGUCUGGAGAUUUCCCUUUAUUGCUCUGGAAAAUGGUGGAGGUGCUUUCUUGAUACCCUAUGUGAUAGUGCUCCUGCUGAUUGGCAGACCUGUUUACUAUCUUGAGGUGAUCAUUGGUCAGUUCUCCAGUCGCGGUUGCAUCAAGGCUUUUGAUAUGGCGCCUAUUAUGAAGGGUAUUGCCUAUGGUCAAGUGUAUUCUACCGCUUUGGCUACUACAUACUAUGCCUGCAUAAUGGCAUUGACCAUCAGAUAUUUGGUGGCCAGUUUUAGUGAGGUCCUGCCCUGGACUUAUUGCCUGGUUGAAUGGGGCAGCAAUUGUGUGGCCACAGGAGCCUCGGCCGCUAAUGAUUCAUCUGUUGUUCAGGGUGUGUCCUCUGCAGAACUGUUCUUCACGCAAACGAUUCUCAGAGAACCAGAAAGUUUGGAGGACGGUGGCUUAGGAACUCCCAGCUGGGAUCUGGUGUUGUGCCUUUUGGCCACCUGGGUGAUCAUCGGCACUGUUUUGUCUAAGGGCAUUAGGAGCUCUGGAAAAGCUUCCUAUUUCCUAGCCCUUUUUCCCUAUGUAAUAAUGUUUGUCCUGCUGAUCAGGGCCGUUACUUUGCCAGGAGCCUGGCAGGGAAUUGUUUACUUUAUGAAGCCUCAAUGGUCCCAGCUGCUCAACCCACAUGUGUGGUAUGCGGCCAUCACCCAGAUGUUCUUCUCGUUGGCCAUCUGCUUUGGCACUCUGGUCAUGUACGCCUCCUUCAAUGAUUUCAACAAGAAUGUGCACAAAGAUGUGAUCAUUAUCACCACUAUAGAUUCCCUAACAUCCAUCCUGGCUGGUUGCAUUAUUUUUGGUAUUUUGGGGAACUUGGCUCAUGAGACCAAUACCACGGAUAUAUCCCAGGUGGUCAAGGGUGGAGCUGGUCUGGCAUUCAUCUCGUAUCCAGAGGCCAUUGCCAAGUUUAAGUAUCUGCCCCAACUAUUUGCCGUGCUGUUCUUCUUCAUGCUCCUGGUUCUGGGCAUAGGAUCGAAUAUUGGAAUGGCCAGUUCUGUGGUGAAUGUGGUUAAGGAUCGAUUCACCCAUUUGCCCCAUUGGCUGCUGGCCGUGGGUGCAUCGAUAAUUGGAUUUCUAUGCGGCUUGGUUUAUAUGACUCCCGGUGGACAAUUCAUACUAAAUCUCGUGGACUUUUAUGGCUGCACGUUUAUAGCCCUCGUCUUGGCCAUUGCGGAGUUAUUGGCCGUGGGAUGGAUUUAUGGUGUGAAGCGCAUUUGCAGUGACAUUGAAUUUAUGCUGAAUGUGAAAACCAGCUUCUACUGGCGCAUUUGUUGGGCUAUUGUGGCACCUGGCUUAAUGUUCUUGGUCCUGGUGUAUAUGCUCUUUAGCUACGAACCACUGACAUAUAGGGGUGUUCAGUAUCCCCCGGCUUACUAUAUGGCUGGUUGGAUUAUCUGGGGAUUGGGCGUUCUGCAGCUGCCCUUCUGGGCUGUGGUCACGAUUUUCCAGCAGCCGGGCAAGACUUUUGGCAGUAAACUGAGAAUGGCCAUGCAACCCACUGCCAAUUGGGGUCCAUUGCAAACUCAAAAGUUCGAGGCCUAUAUCCUUCAUCGGAAACGUGAGGCGGAUUUCAAGAGUCCACGCGGCGGAUACUUGUUCGACAAUAUCUUUGGUUAAAACUCUAAUUUGCUGUAU